AGCAAGAGUCAGUCAGUCUGUUAGUUAGUCAGUCCGUCAUACCUGGUCAUUAGCUCUUACCUGUGCGUUGAGUACCUGGUAUCUCCCUCAUUACCAACUCACCUGCCCGUGAACACCGUCGCUAUUCUCUGAUUAUCAUCGUGACUUACUGUGUUUCCCAAGUGACACACAUACACAUGACAUAUAACCCGUGGUGUGUGUGUGUGUGUGUGUGUGUGUGUGUGUGUGUGUUUGUUUGUGUGUGAAUUACCUGGUACCUUGUGUGUAAAUAUAUGCUCACUGAACAUAUAUGAAAGAACAAAUUAUAUGACCAAGGUAUGUGUUAUAUAAUGAGUACCUCGUUAAAAGACAAAGACGAUUAUACCACAGAAUUAUACACUAAUUAAGACUACAGGUACAGUGUUAUUAUGCAGUACGUACAGUGUAGUAGAUAAUUACAAUUGGAUUAUCGUUAUAACUCGUCGUGUGGAUUAUCCUGGAUUAUGGAGUGUUAUUGUGGGAAUAUUUUAAUGGUAAGGAUGAUCAUAUGGGGCGGGUCUGUUUGUGUAGUCCUCUUGUGUUGUGCUGCCGGGGCCCGUGUGGAGGCGGGAGGCCAGCACCAGCGGGUCCUCUCGGGGGGUGACGUGGCUGCAGAAGGUGUCCAUGGUGGUGACGAGGACUUGGGUCAUCAUACACAGGAGCUGAGUGAUGUGGAUACGUCAGGUGCCCAGGAUCAGCUGACGACCCUGGACGAUCAGCUGACGACUAUAAACACCCACCUGAAGGAGGACCACACACACCUGGGGGGCACCUUAGCCACCCUCAGAGCUCACCUGGCCGCAGUUAGGGACGUCAGACGGAGGGAGGAGACUCGGUCAUCUAUUGUUGCUGGAGACCUUCUCAAUCAGGCUCUUCUGGUCUCCGCCGCCAACCUGCGUCUCCUAGGACAACCCGCCACCCAGCAGGAUCUCCUCGGGCUCGCCAAAAUGGAGACUUAUGAGGAUGAUGGUGCUAACGCCACUAGGAGGACGCUUGGGGACUACUGUGGAGGUACCUCGGCCCUGGGACUCUUCAACUUCCUCACCUUCAUGGUCUACGCCUUCUCCCUCCUGCUGACGCUGUUAACCCUGGCGACGGGCUCCAUGGCCAACACCCUCUCUGGUACCUACCUGCCUGGUCUCCUCCACCUGCUGGGUCACCGAGGGCGGGGCAGGAGGUCAGCGCGACGGGGGAUGUGGGAGAACUUACUGGCACACGUGAGAGCGAGGGUUCAUUUGGCUGCCUCCCGCGACACCUUCAGCAGUUCGACACGUCCUUCCUGGGUUUUUAUGAAGCCUUUAUAUCACCUACAGUCUAAAGCAAUCCUGUCCUCACGCCCCUCCACUUUCAUAGAGUCUGCUGGUCUUCCUCGGGAGUUUGUGUUGUCACUGGAGCAGAGUUUGGGUGGUGGUGUCCUGAGUGUCCUGCUGCAGGCGUCAGGCGGGUCACCCCAAGCACUGUUGUGUGGUUCUCCUCUCACCUCCGCCACACACCACUACCUCCUCACGCAGGCAGCCACUCGCUUCAACAUGUCCCUUUAACAUUGUUCGCGAGGGCUGGGACGAUGUUGACAAGUUACCUGUCCCCUGCUGUGUUUGUUUUGUCUUGGAUGGAAGUAAUUUAGACUGGACCACCAUUCUCAAGGGCCCUGUUGAUAACGUGUUCCAGAUGGUUAAGUUUGGAUAGUUUAAGGUUGGAGCCCAUUUGCCCAAUAACUUUAACUUACUCCUUUCGUGGUUAAUGUUGUGAAAACUUAUGUACGACGAUGAGUACAACUGAAGCCUCUCGUGCCUCAUGAUACUCAAGGUCCUACUCUACACGAAGACCGAGUUGGUCCUUGUAGGUUAGUUAUUAAGUUAUGGUUACCUGGGAGGGACAUUAUUAGGGUUGUGAUGUGACGGGGGACACAGGUGGUGGUAGUGGUUGUAGGUGUGCUGGUGGUAGUAGUGGUAGUGAUGGUGGUAGUGGUAGU